AUGGAAACUGUUGUAGAGUCAAACUAUCAUCAUCAUUUAAAUAGUGGAGCUGGUAUCAAUAUCAUCGGCACUAUUGAUAGCAAUAGAAUGAGUGGCAGCGGCAGUGCCACUGGCGAAAUUGGCUUUGGCAGCGGUGGUGAAGCUGGUGUCAUCGCGUCAAGUAGUAGCAUCAGCAGUAACUCUAGCAACCUGAGCACAAGCAUGUCUGGACACAUACAACUCUCACAGAGUCAACAGAUUCAACCACAAGGAAUCAUUGGAAACUAUGUCAUCGUUAAAACAAUUGGAAGAGGUCAAUUUGGUAAAGUUAAGCUAGGAUAUCAUAGAAAGAUACCAAAUGAAAAAGUUGCUAUAAAGAUUAUAAAUAAAAGCAAAUUGGAUCAAGAUACAUUGAAGAUGGUACAGCGAGAAGUAAGAAUCAUGAAGUUACUACAUCAUCCGAAUAUCAUAAAGUUGUAUGAAGUCAUCGAGACGAACAGAGCACUCUAUUUGAUUAUGGAGUAUGCAGGUGAGGGCGAGGUAAUGGAUUUCAUGAUUGCGCAUGGUGUGUUGUCCGAGCAACAGGCACGUACCUUUUUCAUACAGAUAGUGUCGGCGAUCCACUAUUGUCAUAGCAAGCGAGCGGUUCAUCGUGAUUUGAAACCAGAGAAUCUACUGCUGGACAGCAAUCGUCAGAUAAAGAUCAUCGACUUUGGUCUGAGCAAUGUAUUUACACCGGGCACCACACUAAAGACAUUCUGUGGUUCGCCUACCUACGCAUCGCCAGAGUUGAUCCUGCGAAAGGAAUACAACGGUCCAUCCGUCGAUAUCUGGAGUAUGGGUGUUGUUUUGUUUGUGUUGGUAUCGGGUUAUUUGCCGUUCGACGGUGACAACUAUGUUGAGUUGUUCCAAAAGAUUCUGGCUGCCGACUAUACCAUGCCCGACUACCUCUCACAGGACUGCAAGUCGCUGAUCAGCAGAAUGUUGGUAGUCGACCCACAGAAGCGUGCCAAUCUCGAGGAGAUUAUCAAUCAUCCUUGGCUGGCACCGGUUGUCGACUCACUCAAUCUGCAGUCGGUCUCCAAUCCCAACCAAGACGGAUUCGUCGUCGACGAUGAGAUUGUCAACGACUUGGUUGCGAUUGGCUACGACCGUGACGAAGUCUACUCGAACGUCAAGCAGAAUCGUUACAACGACUGUGCUGCCACCUACUUUUUGUUGGCAGGAAGAAAGUGUCGUGAGAACGCACAGGCUCUCGACUCUGACGCAUUCUACUCUGAUCAGCCAUCGAUUAUCGCGCCGACCGGCGAGAAGAGUCCACUCAUUAAAUAUAAACGUCAUCAUCGAAGAAGUCACACUGUCGAUAGUCCUGUUAAAUCAUCGACUACCAGCAGCAGCAACAGCAGUAGUAGUACUAGCUCUUCUUAUCAAUCGCAACAUCAACACCACCGUCACCAGCAACAACAACAUGCCAAUCAAUCCGGUCAUCAUCAUCAUCAUCACAGUCACCAACACUCCAAUGGUACCAAUCCAACAUUUGUUCAUUCACCAGCCUCAGAUUCACCAGCACCAUCGCCCAUCUCGACAUCACCACAAACCUCAUCGAUAGUUUCGCCGGGUGUCAAGAUUCAGCCACCUCUUGGUCGCCCCAUUUCAAAGUCAGCAAACGCUUCUGCCUCAAACUCACCUUCCAACUCUGCCUCAACUUCACCCAAUUCCACUACACUUCCAAUUUCACCGAGAGGUAACAACAGCAACAACGUCACACCCAACAACAAACUUAUCAAGAGAAGAGCGACAGCCUAUGCACUUUCGCCAACCAAUCCAAACCACGAAAUUCACAGCAGACUGAGGAGUAACAGUAGCAGCGUAGCUGACCAACAACACAAAGAAACCAAGAAACUAGAAGAUGACUGGGUCAUUUUCGAAGACUAUUCCGAUCAGUAUCACCCAACCGUUGGAUACCUCAAACCAAUCUCCAAGAAAGAGAAGCACAAGUCCUCUGUAUCAAGCUUGUUGUCAUCCUUUAAGAAUAUACUGAAACGUUCAGAUGAAAAAGAUUCAUUGUCACCUUCAUCAUCACAUUCCAACACACCAACUUCCACACCACCUGUAAAAUCAUCUCAAACCCCACUAAGCAUUCCAACUUUAGAUACUGCCUCUGAAGCUAACAGUACAACACUGACAACAACAACCACAACCACAACAACACAAUCAAUAACAUCAUCGUCGAAACCAAUCAAUCACCAUGAAGAUUCAUCGGUUGAACCAAGAAUCGUAAGAUUUGUAUUUGGUCUUCAGACGACAUCAAUGAAACCAGCGCCCGAGUUGAUGAAUCAAGUGUUGGGUGUUGUCGGUUAUUGUUGUAUUCCACACACAGUGAAAGGACCAUAUCUCAUCGAAUGUGAAACUGAAGGUGUUAGAUUUACCAUUGAAGUAUGUAGAUUACCAAGAUUAUCAGUUAAUGGUCUCAAGUUUAAGAGAAUGGGUGGUUCCGCAUGGCGAUACAAAGGCAUUUGUAAAGAUAUCUUAUCACACAUUGAAAGAUAG